UCAACGGUGAUUCAGCGACUUUGACCGCAUAAGAAACGCUAGAAACACGGAUUUAUUAUUUCGUGUCGAUCUGUGAGGACCUGAGUUUCAAUUUCGAUUUGAAGUAAAUUCAGCAUUUCAUCUAACAUAGUAGAAUGGAGAUCUGCGGUCUUGUGACUGAGAAAAAUAACCCAAUGCCUCUGAAGAGCAUCUCAGUGGAGGUUCUGGUUCAGGAUCAUGUAGCCACAGUCUCCUCCACUCUGCAGUAUGUGAAUGAGGAAGAGCGCCCCCUGGAGGCCUUGUUCGUCUUCCCUCUGCCUGCUGAUGCUGCUGUCUGCCACUUCAGUGCCAAGAUCGGAGAGCAGGAGAUUGUGGCAGAGGUGCAGGACAGAGAAACCGCGAGGGAUCAGUAUGAUGACGCUGUGAGUUCAGGUCAACAGGCGUUUCUGUUGGAAAAGAGCGCAGAGAGUCCUGAUGUGUUCAGACUGAGUGUCGGGUGUCUGUCGGCGGGUCAGAACGCUACUGUCACCAUCAUCUACGUCACCGAGCUCGCUGUGCAGGACGACCACUCGCUGCGCUUCUGUCUGCCGGCUGUACUCAACCCCCGAUACACACCAGUAGGUUCAGCUGCUGGCAUAGUCUCAGAGAUUUCAUCCGGAGCUGUUCCCUACACGCUGACUCUCAGUGUUCAUGUGAGCUCUCCAAAGCCCAUCUCCAAACUAGAGUCCAACUGCACUCUGGAUCCUCUAGUGUUCCUCCACUCUGAUCACACUCAGGCCACGGUGAAUCUGAGUCCUGGUCACAUGUUUGAUAAGGACGUUGAGCUGUUUGUGUACUAUAAGGAUACCCAUCAGCCCUCUGCUGUAGUGGAGGCAGGAGUGACCACUGCCCCGCCAGGUUCUCUGAUGAGGGAUACAGUGGUUAUGAUAAAUUUGUACCCAGAGUUUCCAGAGGAAGUGAUGUCAUUGGCAUCUCGAGGCGAGUUUGUUUUUGUGAUUGACAGAUCAGGCAGUAUGGGCAGCAUGAUGCAUCAAGGGAAAGAAGCACAGAAUCGAAUUGAAAGCGCAAAGGACACUCUGCUGUUACUGUUGAAGAGUCUGCCCAUGGGAUGCUACUUCAAUAUCUAUGGAUUUGGCUCUCGUUUUGAGUCCUUCUUCCCUCAGAGUGUUGAGUACAAUCAGAAAACAAUGGAUCAGGCUUUGAAGAGAGUGAAGGAAAUAAAAGCAGACAUGGGCGGCACAGAGAUAUUACAGCCUCUAAAACACAUCUACAGUCAGCCCUGUUACCCUGAUCACCCCAGACAGCUGUUCAUCUUCACUGAUGGAGAAGUGGGAAACACUAAAGAGGUGCUGGAUCUGGUGAAAAGUCACGCUCACUCUCACAGGUGUUUCUCAUUCGGGAUUGGUGAGGGUGCGAGUGCCGCCCUCAUCACAGGAAUGGCCAGAGAGGGAUCUGGUCACGCUCAGUUCAUCACAGACACCGACCGCAUGCAGCCCAAAGUGAUGCAGUCGCUCAGGUUUGCUCUGCAGCCCGCUGUGCUUAAUAUCUCUGUGGAUUGGACCAUUCCAGAUGAUGUUACGGUUGACACACUGUCUCCACCCAUCAAUGUGCUCUUCCAGGGUCAAAGGACACUCAUUUAUGCCCAGCUUAAAGGAGAGAGUUCAGGAGGCUCUGAGGGAACAGUGACAGUCAAAUAUAGUCUCAAAGAUCAACCAGUAACAAACCAGCUCCACUUCUGCCUCAAACCAACUGAGGAAACACAGUUGUCUAUUCACCGGCUGGCGGCUCGGACCCUGAUCCGUUCUCUGGAGCAGGAGGAGAGGUCAGGAGCUGCAGAUGUUGAGGACAUCAGGAGCAGGAUGGUGGAGCUCAGUGUUCAGGCAGGAGUCAGCUGUGUUCAUACAGCCUUCAUUGCUGUGAAUAAAGACAGCAGACAGACUGUGAAAGGACCCCUGCUGCAGAGAAGAGUAUGGACACGCGAUUUCUCUUCAGAAAUUGACAUGAUGCAAGUAAAUUAUGAUCACAUAGCACCCCGCAAGUUUUGUUUAUCAUCAUCAAGGCAUUGCAUUUCAGAUGAACAAUCAUUUCACUGCUCAAAGAUGAUGUCGUUCACAGAGCGAGCAGUCUUCAAAAUGUCUAAUCAGGUAACGGCAGGUAAGAGAACCAGACGUACUCCGAUGUAG